AUGGAAGAUAAAUCUUAUUUAAUGUUUGCUAAAAGAAAAAAAAAAAGAGUUAAUGGGAAAAUUAAUAAAGAGAAAUUGAAGAAAAGUUUUUUAAAAAAUGAAAAAUAUGUGAGAGUUUCAACAUUAAAUAGAAAUAUUAGUAAGAAAACAUUCUUACACACAUUAUUUAAAAGCUUUAUUAAACCAUACAAUGAAAAAAAUACAGCAUUUUAUUCCAUUUUAUGCAUUAUUAAUAAUAUUUAUAAAUGUCAUUACUUUACUAAACACCGCUGUUUGAUAUGCAAACCAUUACAUGAAAGGACAUUGAAAUCGCAAGAAGAUAAUGUAACUUACAACAGCAGUGAUGGAGAUGAUAAUUAUCUUUUCCCAUAUAAUAUAUAUUAUAACUUGAAGAAAAUAAAUUUAAUUGAAUCAGGUAAGACAAAAAAUAAUUCAAAUAAUAAUAAAUAUCAAGUUAUUGACAAAUCCAAUGAUAUUUCAUUGAGUCAUAAUGUAACAGGUAAAUUGAUACAAAAAAAUGAAAAGGAAUGUGGAUUUGAGAAAAAUACGGAAGAAAUUGAAAAAGAGAAGAAAAAAGUGUUAACAGAAGAAAAUAAAAAUAAAGAGGGAGAAAAUGAAGAACGAGAUAUAAUAUAUCAGGAAAGAAAAAAUAUUGUAUUAUCUGAAUCUGUAAAAUUAAAUGCAUUAAAUAAUAAAACAAAAUUAAAUGUAAAUAUUAUAAAGAAGAAUAUAACAAUUAAUGAAACACAGGUAUCUAACACCUGCCCUGUUCAGAAUUUUUUAAAUACAAGAAUAAAUUUGACAAAUGUGCAGCAAUAUCAUUUUUUAUCUCAUGAUAAAAUAAAUUAUGUAGAUUUAUAUAAUUUUGAUAUAUUUGAUAAAAUAAAUAUAUAUGAUAAAAUAUUAUUAGACUUGAAUCAAAAUGAAAUUCAUCCAAAUGUAUUAAGAACAGGUAUAUUUUUUAACAAAUAUAUUAAUACUACUCAUAACCAUAGGAAUGUUGAUUUGUUAGUUGCAUUAAAAUCAUUUAUAAAGGAUUAUACAUUGCCCCCAUAUGAACCGAUAAAUAGACAUAUGAAGGUUGUAAUAGAUAAAGAAAUAAAUUAUAUUAUUAUGUGUAAAAAACAUAGUAUUAGCAUGGGAGAAGUGAUUAGAUGGUUUAAAAAUAUGAUAAGUGAACAUAUAGGUAAAAGUAUACUAGAAGAAACGAAAGUAAUAAUUACGAAUAAUAUUAAUAAUUAUAUAAGAACGAAAAUAGUAAUUCCUUCAAUAAUUAUAUCAAAUUAUGUGUCGGAAAAUAUAAUUCAUGAUAGUGAUAUUUUAUUAAUAUAUACUUUUGAUUAUGACAUAUAUUUAUCCAUUGUAAAAGCAAGGAAAAAAGGAAAAAAUUUUGAAAUCAUAUUAGUUGAUUCAGAACCAUAUAAAAACUCAUAUAAUAUAAAAUUAUAUACAAAAUUAGGUAUACCAGUUACUUAUACAUUAAUUAGUGGUCUCUUUUAUAAUAUAAAGAGAUGUACAAAGGUAUUACUAGGUAUUGACGCAAUUAUACAUAAUAGUGUAUAUGGCUAUGUAGGAACAAGUAUUAUAUGUAUGAUGUCAAAUAUAAACAAUAUAUAUGUUUAUAUUGUUUGUGAAACAUAUAAAAUAAGUAACAAAAUUAUUAUUGAUAGUUUUAGUUUGAAUAAUAUAAAUAACAAUUUAGAUAUAUAUGAUUAUAUAUAUAUGCAUCACUAUCAUCAUGCUACUCCUCACAAGUGUGCAUCACAAAGGGAUAAACAAGAGGAUCAUGGAUUAAUGUUUAGUAAAAAAUUAAAUACCUUCAUAGAAUCGUAUGCAGAUAUUAAAUCAAAUAGUGUUUUAUUCAGUAAAAACGGCGUUGAAAAUAGAAGCAGUUGUUAUAGUAGCAGUGGUAAUAGAUGUAGUAAUAAUAGUAGUAGUGUCUGUGGUAAACCCAUCAUUACUUAUUGUGUUUCACAGCUAAAAAGAGCUAAUUCUUCACAAAAUGGAAGUAAAUUUACCUCUACUCAGAAGAAAGAGCAAACUGUAACAUGUGAAGAUCAACCGACAGAAAAAUUUCAAGGAAACGAAAUGAACAUUGGUUAUGAAAAGAAUACAGAACAAUACAGUAGCAAUUCUUGUUAUUCUCUUCAUAUUAAAACAAGCACAGAACAUGAAUCGAGUAAUAAUGUACUAAAAAGUGUGAGCACUGUAGAGGAAAAAAAUACUUCCUUUUUUAUGAAUAGUUACAAGGAGGAAAAAAGGGAAAAUUCUAUUUUAAAGGACGGUCUUUAUGAAAAAUUAAAUAUUUAUAAAAUGAACGAAGAAGAAAGUAACAUAGAAGAAAAAAAAGGAAAUACGUUUUCUUUGAGUCAUAUUAAAGAAGUAAGUAAUAAUAGUAGCAGUAUCAUUUCAACAAAAGGUAUACUAAAGCAACCAAUAAGUGUAUUCCGCGAUAUUAAAAAUGAGAGUACAAAUAUUUCCAUAACUUAUAAACAAAGUUGUGCAAAUCUUUUAAAUGAUGAUAAUAAAAAUGUUAAUAAAAAUAAUAAAGUAUUUUCUAAUUUAAAGAGUGAUAAAAAUUAUUGUGAAAAGAGUAAGUACUCUUUAAAUUUUAGAAAUAGUAUUAAUAUUAAUACUAUGCCAAAUAAUUUGAACAAACGAACAGAAUAUAAUAAACUCGAAGAAGAUAAAAUUUGUUGUAAUAAUAUUUGCAAUUCCAUUUGUAAUUCCAUUGGUCAUAUGAACAUAAAAAAUGUUUGCACAGAUAACUAUAUUGAAACGAAUCUUUUUAGCUCUGUUUUAUCACACAUAAAUAAAAUUAAUUCAAACACUGACAAGUCUUUUUAUGUUGCUAAUAUAUGUAACGAUGUAACCCCUCUCAAAUAUAUCAGUUAUAUUGUUACCGAGGUGGGUGUAUAUACAAAUGAAAAUAAAAACGCUUUAAACGUUUUUAUGCAAAAUAAUAUCUAA